UUCCGAUGGUUGCGCCCUUCACCGGACUCCGACUAACACUUCCUCCAUAAAGAGGGACUCGCCCACGACGUAACGUGCAUCUCAUCAAAUUUCAACCACUCUCUCUCUCUCUUUCUUUCUUUCUGUGUCUCUCUGGAUUUCCCUGUCGUUGGUUCAGGCAGAAGAAGGGAAUGGAGAAAGGAGAAUUCAUGGCGAAAUCCGGAAGAGAAGGAUCAGGGGAGGCAAAGGAAGCACGGACGGGCUUCUUGAGGAGGACAAGCUGGAGGUGGGCGUCGAGGCUUAGCCUUCCCCGCGGGUGGAAGCGUCCCUACAUCCGCCUGUCCCUCCUCCGCUCCUCCAUCGUCGACGGUCUCCUCUUCAAGAUCGCCUCCGCCUUCGAGCUCCUCGCCCUCCUCGCCAUGCUCGGCUUCUACUUCCUCUGCUGCGGCUGCAGCUUCUGAUCAAAGGCGAGACCCCAAACGGCGACGCGGUUUGGUUACGCCGUAUCAUUGUGUUGGCGCUGGGAUUGCAUGAAGAGGGCGAUCGUCACUGGUUCAUCCCAGCGAUGUUAAUUUCUUGUUCAUCUUUAUUUUUCUUAUGAUUUUUUCUAGAGUUCUGUUUCUCUGUAAAUCGCAGAACGAAUCGGAUGUAAAUUUGAAAGAAGUUUAUUCAAUCUCCCUUCUCUCUAUCA